GCAGCCCCGGCCGCGGCUUCGGAAGCACCGAGUUCGAGCCCCGCUCCCGCUCCCGCUCCGCUUCGGUUUUUCGCUUCCCCGGCCCCUGGGCCUCCCUACGCCUGUCCCCGGCAGCUCGCUGUGCAUAUUGCUCUCUCCGCCGCCAGGAUGCCGGUGACUGAGAAGGACCUGGCGGAGGACGCGCCGUGGAAGAAGAUCCAGCAGAACACGUUCACGCGUUGGUGCAACGAGCACCUCAAGUGCGUGAACAAACGCAUAGGGAACCUGCAGACCGACCUGAGCGACGGGCUGCGGCUCAUCGCGCUUCUGGAGGUGCUCAGCCAAAAGCACAUGUACCGCAAGUACCACCAGCGGCCCACCUUCCGCCAGAUGCAGCUCGAGAACGUGUCCGUGGCGCUCGAGUUCCUGGACCGUGAGAACAUCAAGCUCGUGUCCAUCGACAGCAAAGCCAUCGUGGAUGGGAACCUGAAGCUCAUCUUGGGCCUGGUGUGGACGCUGAUCCUCCACUACUCCAUCUCCAUGCCUGUGUGGGAGGAUGAAGGGGACGACGAUGCCAAGAAGCAGACGCCAAAGCAGAGGCUGCUGGGGUGGAUUCAGAACAAGAUCCCCUACUUGCCCAUCACCAACUUUAACCAGAACUGGCAAGAUGGCAAAGCCCUGGGAGCCCUGGUAGACAGCUGUGCUCCAGGUCUGUGCCCAGACUGGGAAUCCUGGGAUCCACGAAAGCCUGUGGAUAAUGCACGAGAAGCCAUGCAGCAGGCAGACGACUGGCUGGGUGUCCCACAGGUCAUCACUCCUGAAGAAAUUAUUCACCCGGAUGUGGAUGAGCACUCGGUGAUGACUUACCUGUCCCAGUUCCCUAAAGCCAAGCUCAAGCCAGGGGCUCCUCUUAAACCGAAACUCAACCCCAAGAAAGCCAGGGCCUAUGGCAGAGGAAUCGAGCUCACUGGAAACAUGGUGAAGCAGCCGGCCAAGUUCACUGUGGACACCAUCAGCGCCGGGCAAGGAGACGUGAUGGUGUUUGUCGAGGACCCAGAAGGGAACAAAGAGGAGGCACAAGUGACCCCUGACAGCGAUAAGAACAAGACAUACUCUGUGGAGUAUCUGCCCAAGGUCACCGGACUGCACAAAGUCACAGUCCUCUUUGCAGGACAGCACAUCUCCAAGAGCCCAUUCGAAGUAAAUGUCGACAAGGCCCAGGGAGACGCCAGUAAAGUCACUGCGAAAGGUCCGGGCUUGGAAGCUGCUGGGAACAUCGCCAAUAAGCCCACCUACUUUGACAUCUACACAGCAGGUGCUGGCGUGGGUGACAUUGGUGUGGUGGUGGAAGAUCCCCAGGGGAAGAACACCGUGGAGUUGCUCGUGGAAGACAGAGGAAACCAGGUGUAUCGAUGUGUGUACAAACCAGUGCAGCCUGGCCCCCAUGUGGUCAAGGUCUCCUUUGCUGGGGACACCAUUCCCAAGAGUCCCUUCGUUGUACAGGUCGGGGAAGCCUGUAAUCCAAAUGCCUGCCGGGCCAGUGGCCGAGGCCUACAGCCAAAAGGCAUUCGCAUCCGAGAAACUGCAGACUUCAAGGUUGACACCAAAGCUGCUGGAAGUGGAGAGCUCGGCGUAACCGUAAAGGGUCCUAAGGGUCUGGAGGAGCUGGUGAAGCAGAAAGGCUUUCUGGAUGGAGUGUAUACAUUUGAGUAUUACCCCAGCACCCCGGGGAAAUAUAGCAUCGCCAUCACAUGGGGGGGACACCACAUUCCGAAGAGCCCCUUUGAAGUUCAAGUUGGCCCUGAAGCAGGCAUGCAGAAAGUCCGUGCAUGGGGCCCUGGCCUCCAUGGCGGGGUUGUUGGGCGGUCGGCGGACUUCGUGGUGGAGUCCGUUGGUUCUGAGGUGGGGUCUCUGGGGUUUGCCAUUGAAGGCCCCUCCCAGGCAAAGAUUGAGUAUGAUGACCAGAACGACGGAUCGUGUGAUGUCAAGUACUGGCCCAAGGAGCCCGGUGAAUAUGCCGUUCACAUCAUGUGUGACGAUGAGGACAUCAAAGACAGUCCCUACAUGGCCUACAUCCACCCUGCCUCGGGAGACUACAACCCGGAUCUGGUUCAAGCAUACGGGCCAGGUUUGGAGAAAUCUGGCUGCAUCGUCAACAAUCUGGCCGAGUUCACCGUGGAUCCUAAGGCUGCCGGCAAAGCUCCCUUAAAGAUAUUUGCUCAGGACGGGGACGGCCAGCCCAUUGACAUCCAGAUGCAGAGCCGGAUGGAUGGCACCUACGCUUGCUCGUACACCCCGGUGAAGCCCAUCAAGCACACCAUUGCCGUGGUCUGGGGAGGUGUCAACAUCCCGCACAGCCCUUACAGGGUCAACAUCAGGCAGGGCAGCCAUCCCCAGAAGGUCAAAGUGUUUGGGCCAGGAGUGGAGAGAAGUGGACUGAAGGCGCACGAGCCUACUCACUUCACAGUGGACUGUACCGAGGCUGGCGAAGGUGAUGUCAGCGUUGGCAUUAAAUGUGAUGCCCGGGUGUUAAGUGACGAUGAGGAAGACGUGGAUUUUGACAUCAUUCACAACGCCAAUGACACGUUUACUGUCAAAUAUGUGCCUCCUGCUGCCGGGCGAUACACCAUCAAAGUUCUCUUUGCCUCUCAGGAAAUUCCCGCCAGCCCUUUCAGAGUCAAAGUCGACCCUUCCCACGACGCCAGCAAAGUGAAGGCAGAAGGCCCGGGGCUCAGCAAAGCAGGUGUGGAAAACGGGAAACCGACCCACUUCACCGUCUACACCAAAGGGGCCGGAAAAGCCCCCCUCAACGUGCAGUUCAGCAGCCCCCUUCCUGGCGACGCCGUGAAGGACUUGGACGUCAUUGAUAAUUACGACUAUUCCCACACCGUUAAAUACACGCCCACCCAGCAGGGCAGCAUGCAGGUUCUGGUUACAUACGGUGGCGAUCCCAUCCCUAAAAGCCCUUUCACGGUGGGCGUGGCCGCUCCGCUGGAUCUGAGCAGGAUAAAAAUUAAUGGGCUGGAAAACAGAGUCGAAGUUGGGAAGGAUCAGGAGUUCGCCAUUGACAGCAGGGGAGCGGGAGGUCAGGGGAAGCUGGACGUGACGAUCCUGAGCCCCUCGAGGAAGGUUGUGCCAUGCCUGGUGGCGCCCGUGACGGGCCGGGAGAGCAGCACGGCCAAGUACAUUCCCCGGGAGGAGGGGCUGUAUGCUGUUGACGUGACCUACGAUGGACACCCCGUGCCCGGGAGCCCUUACACGGUGGAGGCCUCACUGCCGCCUGAUCCCACCAAGGUGAAGGCCCACGGUCCUGGCCUUGAAGGCGGUCUUGUGGGCAAGGCUGCCGAGUUCAUCAUCGACACCAAAGGAGCUGGAACUGGAGGUUUGGGCCUAACCGUGGAAGGUCCUUGUGAGGCCAAAAUUGAAUGCUCGGACAAUGGCGACGGGACCUGCUCCGUCUCCUACCUCCCAACAAAGCCCGGGGAGUACUUCGUCAACAUCCUCUUUGAAGAAGUCCACAUACCUGGUUCUCCCUUCAAAGCUGACAUUGAAAUGCCGUUUGAUCCCUCCAAAGUUGUGGCAUCGGGCCCAGGGCUGGAGCAUGGGAAAGUGGGCGAGGCAGGGCUGCUUAGCGUGGACUGUUCAGAAGCAGGCCCGGGGGCCCUGGGCCUGGAAGCCGUCUCGGACUCGGGGGCGAAAGCUGAAGUCUGUAUUGAGAACAACAAAGACGGCACCUAUGCGGUGACCUACGUGCCCCUGACCGCCGGCAUGUACACGCUGACUAUGAAGUACGGCGGCGAGCUUGUACCGCACUUCCCCGCCAGGGUCAAGGUGGAGCCUGCCGUGGACACCAGCAGGGUCAAGGUCUUUGGGCCAGGAAUAGAAGGAAAAGAUGUGUUUCGGGAAGCCACCACCGACUUCACGGUCGACUCACGGCCCCUGACGCAGGUCGGAGGCGACCACAUCAAGGCCCAUAUUGCCAACCCCUCCGGGGCCUCCACCGAGUGUUUCGUCACAGACAAUGCUGAUGGGACCUACCAGGUGGAAUACACGCCCUUCGAGAAGGGCCUCCAUGUAGUGGAGGUGACAUAUGAUGAUGUGCCCAUCCCAAACAGUCCCUUUAAAGUGGCUGUAACCGAAGGCUGCCAGCCAUCUCGGGUUCAAGCUCAAGGACCGGGAUUGAAAGAGGCCUUUACCAACAAACCCAACGUCUUUACUGUGGUUACCAGAGGGGCAGGAAUUGGGGGUCUUGGCAUAACUGUCGAGGGACCAUCGGAGUCAAAGAUAAACUGCAGAGACAACAAAGAUGGCAGUUGCAGUGCUGAGUACAUCCCCUUUGCUCCAGGGGAUUACGACGUGAAUAUCACAUAUGGAGGAGCCCACAUCCCCGGCAGCCCCUUCAGGGUUCCUGUGAAGGAUGUUGUGGACCCCAGCAAGGUCAAGAUCGCUGGCCCUGGGGUGGGCUCGGGUGUCCGAGCUCGUGUCUUGCAGUCCUUCACGGUGGACAGCAGCAAGGCCGGCCUGGCCCCACUGGAAGUGAGGGUCAUGGGCCCACGAGCUGAUGAGACGGAUUCCCAGUCAAGGCUCAGCCCCUUGAAAGCCAUGUCAGAGUUCUUUAAACGGGACCUGAAGGGUGACUUUAUGGAGACAGGUCUGGUGGAGCCCGUGAACGUGGUGGACAAUGGGGAUGGCACACACACAGUGACCUACACCCCGUCCCAGGAGGGGCCUUACAUGGUCUCUGUUAAAUAUGCUGAUGAAGAGAUCCCUCGUAGUCCCUUUAAGGUCAAGGUCCUUCCCACAUACGAUGCCAGCAAAGUGACCGCCAGUGGCCCUGGCCUCAGUACCUAUGGUGUGCCUGCCAGCCUGCCUGUGGAGUUUGCCAUCGAUGCCAGAGAUGCCGGGGAAGGCCUGCUUGCUGUUCAGAUAACGGACCAAGAGGGAAAACCCAAAAGAGCCAUUGUCCAUGACAAUAAAGACGGCACAUACGCUGUUACCUACAUCCCCGACAAGACUGGACGUUAUAUGAUUGGGGUCACCUACGGUGGGGACGACAUCCCGUUGUCUCCCUACCGCAUCCGGGCCACACAGACGGGCGAUGCCAGCAAGUGCCUGGCCACAGGUCCUGGAAUCGCCUCCACUGUGAAAACUGGCGAGGAAGUGGGCUUUGUGGUAGACGCCAAGACCGCCGGGAAAGGCAAAGUGACCUGCACGGUUCUGACCCCAGACGGCACUGAGGCUGAGGCUGAUGUCAUCGAGAAUGAGGAUGGCACCUAUGACAUUUUCUACACGGCCGCCAAGCCGGGCACCUAUGUCAUCUACGUGCGCUUUGGUGGCGUUGAUAUUCCCAACAGCCCCUUCACUGUCAUGGCCACAGAUGGGAAAGUCGCAGCUGUGGAGGAAGCACCGGUAAAUGCAUGUCCCCCCGGAUUCAGGCCCUGGGUAACUGAAGAGGCCUAUGUCCCAGUGAGUGACAUGAACGGCCUGGGGUUUAAGCCUUUCGACUUGGUCAUUCCGUUUGCAGUCAGGAAAGGAGAAAUCACCGGAGAGGUCCACAUGCCUUCUGGGAAGACAGCCACACCUGAGAUUGUGGACAACAAGGAUGGCACGGUCACUGUCAGAUACGCUCCCACUGAGGUCGGGCUCCACGAGAUGCACAUCAAAUACAUGGGCAGCCACAUCCCUGAGAGCCCGCUCCAGUUCUACGUGAACUACCCCAACAGCGGGAGUGUUUCUGCAUAUGGCCCGGGCCUGGUGUAUGGAGUGGCCAACAAAACCGCCACCUUCACCAUUGUCACCGAGGACGCAGGAGAAGGUGGCCUGGACUUGGCUAUUGAGGGACCCUCAAAGGCGGAAAUCAGCUGCAUUGACAACAAAGAUGGGACAUGCACGGUGACCUACCUGCCCACCCUGCCAGGCGACUACAGCAUUCUGGUCAAGUACAAUGACAAACACAUCCCUGGCAGCCCCUUCACAGCCAAGAUCACAGACGACAGCAGACGGUGCUCUCAGGUGAAGCUGGGCUCUGCCGCCGACUUCCUGCUCGACAUCAGUGAGACUGACCUCAGCACCCUGACGGCCAGCAUCAAGGCCCCGUCCGGCCGCGACGAGCCCUGUCUCCUGAAGAGGCUGCCCAACAAUCACAUCGGCAUCUCCUUCAUCCCCCGGGAGGUGGGUGAACACCUGGUCAGCAUCAAGAAGAACGGCAACCACGUGGCCAACAGCCCCGUGUCCAUCAUGGUGGUCCAGUCAGAGAUCGGGGAUGCCCGCAGAGCCAAAGUCUACGGCCGUGGCCUGUCAGAAGGCCGGACUUUCGAGAUGUCUGACUUCAUCGUGGACACGAGGGAUGCAGGUUAUGGCGGCAUCUCCUUGGCCGUGGAAGGCCCCAGCAAAGUGGACAUCCAGACAGAGGACCUGGAGGACGGCACUUGCAAGGUCUCCUACUUCCCCACCGUGCCUGGCGUUUACAUCGUCUCCACCAAAUUCGCCGAUGAGCACGUGCCUGGGAGCCCCUUUACCGUGAAGAUCAGCGGGGAGGGAAGAGUCAAGGAGAGCAUUACCCGUACCAGUCGAGCCCCAUCUGUGGCCACUGUUGGGAGCAUCUGUGACCUGAACCUCAAGAUCCCAGGGCUCAGAGUCAUGAGCUGCUGCCCAGAUCCUGUAGGGCUGGAGGAAAUCGACAGCAGUGACAUGUCAGCCCACGUCACCAGCCCCUCAGGCCGCGUGACCGAGGCAGAGAUUGUGCCUGUGGGAAAGAACUCGCACUGUGUCCGGUUUGUGCCCCAGGAGAUGGGGGUUCACACCGUCAGCGUCAAGUACCGCGGCCAGCACGUCACCGGCAGCCCCUUCCAGUUCACUGUGGGGCCUCUGGGUGAGGGGGGCGCCCAGAAGGUCCGGGCAGGAGGCCCUGGCCUAGAGCGAGGAGAAGCAGGAGUCCCAGCUGAAUUCAGCAUCUGGACCCGGGAGGCAGGUGCCGGGGGCCUCUCCAUCGCUGUUGAGGGCCCCAGUAAGGCCGAGAUUACGUUUGAUGACCAUAAAAACGGAUCAUGUGGUGUGUCUUAUAUUGCCCAAGAGCCUGGUAACUACGAGGUGUCUAUCAAGUUCAAUGAUGAGCACAUCCCAGAAAGUCCCUACCUGGUGCCGGUGAUCGCGCCCUCUGACGAUGCCCGCCGCCUCACUGUUCUGAGCCUUCAGGAAUCAGGAUUAAAAGUUAACCAGCCAGCCUCCUUUGCUAUAAGGUUGAAUGGGGCAAAAGGCAAGAUCGAUGCAAAGGUGCACAGCCCCUCUGGAGCCGUGGAGGAAUGCCACGUGUCUGAGCUGGAGCCAGAUAAGUAUGCUGUGCGCUUCAUCCCCCACGAGAAUGGUGUCCACACGAUCGACGUCAAGUUCAACGGGAGCCACGUGGUUGGAAGUCCCUUCAAAGUACGAGUCGGGGAACCCGGACAAGCGGGGAACCCUGCCCUGGUGUCCGCCUACGGCUCAGGGCUGGAGGGGGGCACCACAGGUAUCCAGUCUGAAUUUUUCAUCAACACCACCCGAGCAGGGCCAGGGACAUUGUCCGUCACCAUUGAAGGCCCGUCCAAGGUUAAAAUGGAUUGCCAGGAAACCCCCGAAGGGUACAAAGUCAUGUACACCCCCAUGGCUCCUGGAAGCUACUUAAUUGGCGUCAAAUAUGGCGGGCCCAACCACAUCGUGGGCAGCCCGUUCAAGGCCAAGGUGACAGGCCAGCGUCUGGUCAGCCCCGGCUCGGCCAACGAGACCUCAUCCAUCCUGGUGGAGUCAGUGACCAGGUCCUCCACGGAGACCUGCUAUAGCGCCAUCCCCAAGGCAUCCUCAGAUGCCAGCAAGGUGACCUCCAAGGGGGCGGGGCUCUCGAAGGCAUUUGUGGGCCAGAAGAGCUCCUUCCUGGUGGACUGCAGCAAAGCCGGUUCCAACAUGCUGCUGAUCGGGGUCCACGGGCCCACCACCCCCUGUGAAGAAGUCUCCAUGAAGCAUGUGGGCAACCAACAAUACAGUGUGACAUACAUCGUCAAGGAGAAGGGGGAUUACGUUCUGGCCGUGAAGUGGGGAGAGGAGCACAUCCCUGGCAGCCCCUUCCAUGUCACUGUGCCUUAAAACAGUUCUCAUCAAGUCCUGGGAGGCGUUCUGGUGGUUGCUUUUGUUGCUUGUUUGUAACUCGUUUUAUACAAAGUCCUCCAGCCCGUUUGUGGGUCUGAAACCCCAUCCCAAAAACAUUGCCAUGAUUUUUUAAGUACCUUCAGAAAGAAGUCCUAAACUUGACUCUUCAGGGUCAUGUUGGGGACUCAGGAAAUGCAAAUUUGUUCAAUAGGCCCGGAAAACUGGACCUCUUUUGGCACAGAUCACCCCCUGCAGACAGAACAAGAACAGACAAGGCUGAUAUUUUUAAGACAUGAAGUUGUCUAGUCAGUUUGCAAAACAGGACUGGACGGAAGGGCAGGGAAAAUGGGGACGCCUAGUUUAUGUUGUCGUUUAGAAAAGAAGAUGACCCUAUCACAUAAGAAAAGGCCAUUGGGUGACACCAGUUUUAACACUACUGCCACCCCGCCCCCGUCUCUCAAAGGGCAGAGUGUCCGAGGUGACAGACUGGCCGAAAUGGCUUCUUGGUGCCUCUCCCCUCAUCCUGCUACUUAUUUCCCUGCAGAGUCAUUGCAUGUGACCAUCUUGACAGCCAUGUCUUUGCCUUUGUUUUCAAAGUCCGUUUCAGUCGCUGGGUCUGAGGAAACUCUGCAGUGGCAAGCAGCCCCCCCACUUGCCAAAGAUCCCCCUUUUUUUUAACCAACACUAGCCCUGUUCUUAACAUACGCUCCAGCCAUUUGUCUGUUUGAUGAGUCUCACCAGCAUGUCCAGAGACACCGCAGGUGGGUCCAGGUGUUAGCAGAGGCCUGUCACGUGACCUAACACUCCACACUCACCCCCAGGCAGCCCCAGCGUGAACUUUUUCUGGAAGAUAAUUAUAGAAGGAAACUCCUGCCAACCUUUGGCCUGAAAGUCAGGGAAUAACAGGGGAGGGAAGGACAGCAGCUCAUUGGUGGUCCUUUACCAUUUGCAGAAAUAAUGAAAGCGUAUUUGGCCCUGACCACAUGUAACCCGAGGCUCUUUGGAAAGCAAUAGUGAGCAGGUGCAAAAUUCCGAAAAUGGGGGGUACCAGGCAUUUUGCAUGCCUUCUUGCAGACCUGCUUUGGAAUAAAGUGAAAGCACUCGGGGACUGCCUGACCGCAGGGCCCGGAUGUGUCGUGUGGUCUGGGCUGGCAGCCCUUUCAGAUUUGCUGUUUCGUCCUGAGGAGGUGGCCACUGUCAUCUCGAGUGUGUCCAUGGAUGGGACAGGGUGAGGUGGGUGACCCUCCCCGAGGUGUAGCAGCUGAGGGUGAGUGUUGGCAAAGCCCACCUGUUAGGAACUGGAGUGGCCCGAAGCCUGAUGUGAGAGGACCACAGGCUUCGUAAACCGGGAUGUGGAAGCAAAACUGGAACCAAAUGCCAACUGUAAAUUGUAUCUUAUAACUUAUUAAAUACAGCGUUCGCUCCAUAAGCUC